CGCUUUUCAAUUUCAGUUUUCAGUCAGUUUUCGCUUGUCAUUCUCUUCGGCUUUUUAUUUCAGACACAACAAAUAUAUUUAUGAAUUAAUUGCAAUCUUACAAAUAAUUUUAGAGCACGAUGGCUCUAUUUAAUAGUAAAGUGUGUUUAUGUGGAUUGCUGAUAUUAUUUGGUAGCGUGUUCGUGAAGUCCGAAGCUGACAGUGAUGAUGAAGGAAUAACGGUUGAGACUGUAGAAGAAACGGAACAAUACCACAGCCCAAGUAUAAACUCGAAGAAUGUAUAUUUAUCAGAGCAUUUUGAUGAUGAGGUGGCAUUCAAGAAAAAGUGGAUCAAGUCGGAAGCUAAGAAACAAGGUGUUGACGAGAAUAUUGCCAAAUAUGAUGGAAAAUGGGAGAUCCAAGCACCCUCUCGUCGUAUCCUGAAGGAAGAUCUAGGAUUAGUUCUGACUACGGAAGCGAAGCACGCCGCCAUCUCCGCUCUAUUGGACAAGCCAUUUGAAUUCAAAGAUAAACCUCUGAUUGUGCAGUAUGAGGUUACUAUGCAGGAGGGUCAGAAUUGCGGCGGCGCGUACAUAAAGCUGUUGUCCCGCGGCACCAACACCAAAGCCGACCUCCGCAAGUUCCACGACCAGACGCCCUACACCAUCAUGUUCGGUCCCGACAAGUGCGGUAAUGACAACAAGCUGCACUUCAUCUUCAGGCAUCAGAACCCCAAGAAUGGCACCUUUGAGGAGAAGCACAGUAAGAAACCUAGUCAACGUCUGGAAGAUAUCUACAAGGACAAGGAGCCGCAUCUGUACACGCUGAUAGUGCGGCCCGACAACACGUACAGCGUGCUCGUUGAUGAGAAGGAGGUGAACGCGGGCUCCCUGCUGGAGGACUUCUCCCCCCCGGUCAACCCCCCGGAGGAGAUCGAUGACCCUGAUGACACCAAGCCCCAGGACUGGGACGAGAGGGAGAAGAUCGUGGACCCGAGUGCGACUAAACCCGAGGAUUGGGACGAGGAGGCGCCCGCGCAGAUCGUGGACCCCAACGCUGUCAAGCCUGACGGCUGGCUGGACGACGCGCCAGAGAUGAUACCCGACCCCGAGGCGAAGAAGCCGGCGGACUGGGAGGAGGAGAUGGACGGCGAGUGGGAGGCGCCGCUGGUGGACAACCCCGUCUGCGCCGCCGCGCCCGGCUGCGGGCCCUGGAGCCCCCCGCUGCUGCCCAACCCCCACUACAAGGGCGUGUGGCGCGCGCCGCUCAUCCCCAACCCCAACUACCGCGGCAAGUGGGCGCCGCGCCGCAUCCCCAACCCGCACUACUUCCGCGACGAACACCCCUUCGCCAUGACGCCCAUCCACGCGGUGGGGUUCGAGCUGUGGUCGAUGUCGCCGCAGCUGCUGUUCGACAACCUCAUCGUCAGCGACGACGCGGAGGCGGUGGCGGACUGGACGCGGCAGACGUACGCCCUCAAGCGCGCUAAGAUCUCCAGCGACUCGGAGAGCGUGGCGGAGCGCGCGCUGCGCUGGGCGGGCGAGCAGCCGUGGCUGGCGGCGGCGGCGGCGCUUGUCGCGUUUUCGAUACUCGCUGCUUUCUGCUACCUCUGCUGCGGACCCUCCGCCGCGCCCGAGCCUGAUGUAGAGUACAAGAAGACUGACGCGAUGACGGAGGACGACCCUCACGAGGGGGAGGGCGAGGGAGAAGGCGAGGGCGAGGGGGAGGCAGUGGCGGCGCCCCGCGGCAAGGCCGACCUGGAGGGCCCCGCCACGCCCCCCGCCACACCUCCUGCCACGCCCCCCGCCACGCCCCCGCACUCCGACCACGAGACUGACCAACCAGAGAAGGUGGACACGGAGGGCGCGGGCGACGGCCACAGGAAGCGCAAACCGCGCAAGGAGUAAUCCUAAUAUAUAUCCUAAUUUAUUGAGUACCAACCGUUUCGGUACAAAUAUGCUUUAUUUGCACUCAUUUAUCAUUUAUAUUCUAGCUAAAAUUUCAAAUUCUUACUAUCGAUUUCAUUUAACUAUUACGAUAGAAUACUUAAGUAGAUCUGUCCCUAAUAGGAAUAAAUUUAAAAAUGUAUUUUAACAUGUUUCUCUAUAAUUAACUCAAUAAAUUAGGACUAUUUUAUAUUACUACGUCUAAAUAGACUCUAUUUAUAAGAAAAUAUAAAUUUGCAAUAUAAUUUAUAGUCAAACGUCAUAAUAUCGAUAUUUCGAAUGAACUUUAUACAUCACUAUAAUUGUUGGAUUAACAAGUGCGAGGGAGACGGAUGUAUUCGGACGUCUCACUUGCACGUAUUGGCGGCUUAUAAGGUCUAGUGUUGUUUAUCGAUGAGUUUUAUUUAAAGUGCAAAGAAUAAUUAUAUUUAU